AGCCAAUGAGAGAAGGAAUGAGUCGGAAUGGGCGGGAUCGAACGCGGCGAGACGCGGAAGUGCCUGUUAGUCGCGGCCUGACAGGGAUCAGAGCAUUUCCGGCAGAAGACAGCGAUAAGGGGCUGCGAUGCCUGGGACCUGGGGCAGAGAGAACAGAAGCCAGUGCCAAGAAUAAAGAUUUCCAUGGAAAAUGUGAAGGUUUGAGGACCCCCUAUGAACUAGUCCUUGUCCAACCUACAUACCUGAUAAGUAGGAAUUUAAAACAAGUGGAAUGAAAUGGAGGCUGGAUCUAGUGCUUUCCGUGUGGAGUUCCCAGACUUCUCCAGCACCAUUUUGCAGAAACUAAAUCAGCAGCGUCAGCUCGGUCAGUUAUGUGACAUCUCAGUCGUAGUACAAGGCCAUCUUUUCCGAGCUCAUAAAGCCGUGUUGGCGGCAAGUUCUCCCUACUUCUGUGACCAGGUGCUACUGAAAAACAGCAGGCGCGUGGUUCUGCCUGACGUCAUGAAUCCCAGAGUAUUUGAAAACAUACUUUUGUCCUCAUACACUGGAAGACUCUCACUUCCAGCUCAUGAGAUUGUCAGUUAUCUGACAGCAGCAAGCUUUCUUCAGAUGUGGCAUGUCGUGGACAAGUGUACAGAACUUUUAGAAGGAAACCCUACUCUGUUGUGUCAGAAAACCAACGCCAGCAGUGACCACCAGUCUCCAAGUAGCAGCAACUACAAUAGUCUGAGCGAAGGCUUUGAACUUGGAACAGCGGGGCAGGUAGAAUUUCGAAAGGGCGAAGAGAUACGAGAUGUUGAAAAUGAGGAAGAAAGUCCUAAAGACGAUGAGCUGUCUUCCCAACUCACUGAACAUGAGUACCUACCGAGCAACUCUUCGACGGAACAUGACCAGCUCAGUACGGAGAUGACCAGUCAAGAUGGGGAAGAAGUUGCCAGCGACAUCGCUGAAUAUCACUACAGUCGCCCACUCUACAUGAAACCGAGCAUCAUGUCCCACAAGAGAUGGAUCCAUGUCAAACCAGAGAGGUUUGAGCAGGAUUGUGAAGGCAUGGAAGCGCAUCCUCCAUUUGAAGACCAUGUUUCAGAGUCCAUCAGUGCUGGCCCUAUGGAACCACCAAUCCAGUCUUCUGGCAUUGGCAAUACUUUUGACCUUUGCAGCAAAAAGGCAGGUGAACUAGAUGGUCAUGGCAACACGACACGUUUCAAUGAUCAAGUCGAUUUUUAUGGUGCUUCCAUGGAAGAGUUUUCUGCAGAUAGAGAGGAUCACCUAGAUGCACAUGGAGUGGAAAACUCCUCAGCUCCCUACGGGGAAGGAAUCGAGGUAGCAGCUGGGAUUAAAGAAGAAACCUCUUCAUCUGGUUUCACCGCUGUGGUGUACAAACUGUACCCAUGCCAGUGCGGCAAAAGUUUUACACACAAAAGCCAGAGGGAUAGGCACAUGAGUAUGCACCUUGGUCUGCGCCCUUACGGAUGUGGCGUCUGCGGCAAGAAGUUUAAGAUGAAGCACCACUUAGUAGGUCACAUGAAGAUCCACACAGGGAUCAAGCCAUACGAGUGCAAUAUCUGUGGCAAACGCUUUAUGUGGCGGGACAGCUUUCAUCGACACGUGACAUCUUGUUCUAAAUCAUAUCAUGCUUCAAAAGGGGAGCCACUGGCACCGAUCGAAAGCUAGACACAUUUGUGCACACCUGUGUGUCAAUGUCAAAAUUCUGGCGUGUUUGGUCAACUCCAAGAUGUUUGCAUAUACAAACACUAAACUACAUUUUUCUUAAAGAAACAGCAAUAAAGCAGAAUUUAGUGUGAAAGGAUUAUUAGUAAUAUAUGUGAGUGCUUGUUAUUGGCAUAUCCCAACCAUAAUUCAGCCUUGGCCAAGAGAACAUUCAUGUAAAGUAACAAGUCUGAAACAUGUGGCACUUAAAACUGGAAUACAUGUUCUUGUUUGGUAGUGAUUUGGUUGGAAUUCAAAGCCUUUUCUUUGGGAGACUUUAUAUAAAAAAACACUUUGAACCUCAAUACAUUCCCUUUCCUCUUGGUGGAAAGCACAGUUGUGUUUACAGAUAUCAUCAUCAUCUUACCCAGCACUUAAAAGCAGAAAGCUGAUUGGACGCCUCAUCUGUACAAGAUUGAUCUUCAGAGUGACAGAAAUUGUAUUUUUUAACUAAGAAAAAUCUGGUUGCCAUGUUUCGGAAAGGCUUUGGGGCUUCGAGUCAGUGCACAAUGCAUUGACAAGGCGACAAUCUCUUGUGCACCUUUUAUUUUUUUUAAAUAUGUAUUUGACUGAUUUGUGGUGGGUAUGUGGAAGUGAAAAUAUGUAUUUUGGGGUCUAUACUGCCCAUCACAACAUGAGGGACCCCAAUCUGACAAGCAGCAUCAUGUUUUAGCAAGACAACACUUCAAUGGCGGAAUAUUCUGUACAGUCAAGCACAAGCCUCGUUCGUGUACAUAAACCUCCUUGCGUAUAACCCAGGUUUGUAAUGCUCACUGAGUGACCAAACCAGAAGUGGUAGGAGUCAAUAACAGUGAGUACGACAGUCUCUUCCCGUCCAGGAAAAGCGCAAUUUAUUUCUCAGUGUUUGGUGCUUUUUCCCCUCCUUAUUUUCGGUCAGAUGAUGAUCUCUCCCAUUUGUUUCGGCCUUUGACAAAAAACAAUUGCUGUCGUGCAGUGCUCCGCCGUAGUCCUAUUGAUCGUUGCAGUAGAAUAUUUUACAAAUGGUAUAUUUAAUAGAUUUUUUUUUUGUUACGAGAUAAUAAGCUGAAAUAGUUAGCACUUACUUGAAUAUUUUGUUUUGUUACAUUUGUUUCCGUUUUGUUUUUGUAAAUGGUGUUUGUUAUAUUGUCAACUGCUUUUUUUGGAACUGAAAAUGCUUAUCGACCUCUUAUCAUUUAUAGCUCUAUUUUUAACUUCCUGAGGUUCAGCAGGCCCAUAACAGUAAUCACCCAGGCCUUCAAAAUCAUCACCAGCAGCCCCAUGUUGGAGUUUGUAAAGCCAUCAUUUGGGUGUCAGUGCACAUACUCAGUGUGCAGUGGGCUGGACCGAAUCCAAGCCUUAAGGCUGGGUUUUUACCAGAUCGGAGUGCCUAGCUGAACCAAAUCCGAACCAAGUGACAAUUACUCUUAUUUUGUUAAUUCGCAUAUACAAAUUAGGGUACGAAUCUGGUUGAAUCUUUUGUGGUGGAUUUGGUAUCCCAAUCGUAAAACUGAGCAUGCAGUACGUCCCUAUUAGAUGUGAAACUAUUCUUUGCAGUCAAAAGAACAUAAUUUGUGACUCCAUUCCAGUUAGAGAAUAGCCUUUAUUAUAAUAUCAUUGAAUCAACUCAACAUUGCAGAACAGAUUUAAAAAGAAGCCAAUAAGCAUUUCCAACCCCUUUUUUUGGAAGCGGUGCCUAUUGCUAACUGAACCUUUGGGUUGAAAGUAAAUGGCUUUGUAGCCCCAUCAGGGCCCGCCGGACAAUCGAUCCGAAACAAAUCUGGCAUAAAAAUUGAACCCAGGCCUGGGAACUACUAGUUACGUGACUGGUUUGGGUUUCUGGAUAAGCUAAAGUAUGUACAAAUGUUUUUUGUGUGUAUAGCACUGAAUUCACUCCCAAGCCAGGACAGUUAAGGUGGCCAUAGACGGGCAGAUUAAAGAUGCUGGUAUCGGUCCUUUUGACUGAUUUGGCAGCUUAUCUGCCUGUGUGUGGGGGCUUCCGACGGGUCCCUCUGAUCGAUACCAGACCAAAAAUCAGUCUGAUAUCAAUCGGGCAGGUUCGAUUUUUCCUGCGAUCGAGGCCCGCAUAGGCUAGUUGAUGCUGUCCUACGACCCGUCAGUGACCAUUUUCUUCGUUGUAAUCCAAUUGUUCGGCCCUAGGGCUGAACGUUCAGAUUAACCCGAUAUCGCCCUGCCGUUAGUGGGCAUAUUGAGGAAAGAUACGCUUGUUUGGCGACCUCGCCAAAGAGCAGAUCUUAAAGUGUAUGGCCACCUUUACCGCUUCCUUGUGUUUCUGAACUUUGUCUCUCUGAGGAUGCUGGGAGAGGUACACUAGAAAUACUAGGGGUCUGCAACUGCUAUUCCUGAAAUAUUCCUUUACUGCAUAUUUGCUUUUUGGAGCUCCCCUUGGCUGAGAUAUGUUCCAUAAAUAUGUUGUGGCUUGCAGUAUGGCACUGCCGCUCAGCUACAUGCAGUCAUAUGAAAAGGUUUGGGAACCCCUCUCAGCCUGCAUAAUAAUUUACUCCACUUUCAAUAAAAAAGAUAACAGUGGUAUGUCUUUCAUUUCCC